CGGGAUUCCUCUGAGUGGGCGUGUCGGGCUCAGCCAGUGCGAGGCUUUCUUGUUACCGGCAUUGCUGCCAGGCGAGCGGCGGUGGCUAUAGCACUCACAGUUUUCUUGUUAACACCAGCUUCUCGACCGGGAGAGACCUGCCCACACAUCGGCACUAGCCGCCAGUGUACCCAUCCACAGCGCCCGCCAGCCAACUUCCCCGCAGGGCACCGCGAACAGGCCCCGGCGCUCCCAACAUGGCCGACAACGACAAACUGGACAACCAGCGGCUGAAGAAUUUCAAGAACAAAGGCCGCGACCUGGAGAGUAUGAGAAGGCAGCGAAAUGAAGUUGUGGUAGAACUAAGAAAGAGUAAAAGAGAUGAGCAUUUGUUAAAAAGAAGAAAUGUUCCCCAUGAGGAUAUCUGUGAAGAUUCUGAUGCUGAUGCAGAUUUCAGAGUGCAAAAUACUUCACUGGAAGCAAUAGUACAGAAUGCAUCUAGUGAUCACCAAGGUAUUCAGCUGAGUGCUGUGCAGGCAGCAAGAAAGCUUUUGUCCAGUGAUCGCAAUCCUCCAAUUGAUGAUCUGAUCAAAUCUGGAAUUCUGCCGAUCUUGGUUCACUGUCUAGAAAGAGAUGACAAUCCAUCUCUUCAGUUUGAGGCUGCAUGGGCCCUGACAAACAUUGCAUCUGGGACAUCUGAACAAACGCAAGCUGUGGUUCAGUCAAAUGCUGUGCCACUGUUCCUAAGAUUAUUACAUUCUCCUCAUCAAAAUGUGUGUGAGCAGGCAGUUUGGGCACUUGGAAAUAUCAUUGGUGAUGGACCUCAAUGCCGCGAUUACGUGAUCAGCCUUGGGGUUGUGAAGCCACUGCUGUCUUUUAUCAAUCCAUCCAUUCCAAUAACGUUUCUGAGAAAUGUAACCUGGGUAAUGGUUAAUCUGUGUCGCCAUAAAGAUCCUCCACCACCUAUGGAGACCAUUCAGGAGAUACUACCUGCUCUAUGCGUCCUGAUACACCACACAGAUGUAAAUAUAUUGGUGGACACAGUAUGGGCGCUUUCAUAUCUAACAGACGCCGGAAAUGAACAAAUUCAGAUGGUAAUAGAUUCUGGAAUAGUGACCAAUCUGGUGCCCCUUCUAAGCAAUCUAGAAGUGAAAGUGCAGACUGCUGCUCUAAGAGCUGUAGGAAACAUAGUCACUGGAACUGAUGAACAGACACAGGUUGUUCUAAACUGUGAGGCACUCCAACACUUUCCUGCUUUGCUUACACAUGCAAAGGAAAAAAUUAACAAGGAGGCUGUGUGGUUUUUAUCGAAUAUUACUGCCGGUAACCAACAGCAAGUUCAGGCAGUGAUUGAUGCUAACCUUGUACCCAUGAUUAUUCAUCUUUUGGAUAAGGGUGAUUUUGGGACACAGAAAGAGGCAGCAUGGGCUAUAAGCAAUCUAACAAUCAGUGGAAGGAAAGAACAAGUUGCAUAUCUUAUCCAGCAAAAUGUAAUCCCUCCAUUCUGCAACUUGCUUACUGUAAAAGAUGCUCAAGUCAUACAAGUAGUGUUGGACGGGCUAAGCAACAUAUUAAAAAUGGCUGAUGAUGAGGCUGAAACCAUAGCCAAUUUAAUUGAGGAGUGUGGAGGUUUGGAAAAGAUUGAACAACUUCAAAGUCAUGAGAAUGAGGAUAUCUACAAACUGGCUUUUGAAAUAAUUGAUCAGUUUUUCUCAUCAGAUGAAAUUGAUGAAGAUUCUAGCCUUGUCCCAGAAGCAAUACAAGGCAGCACAUUUACUUUCAAUUCAUCUGCCAACGUACCAGCGGAAGGUUUCCAGUUUUAGGAAGAAUAGUUGGAAGUUAGGUACAGUGCAGCAUUGUAAACUGGUUUGACCCAUCAAGCUUGGCUCAUGGGAUCUGCUGCUGCAUUAAAUCGGAGAAAGAAAUGUGCGGACUUCAUUUGGAUGACAGUACAGACCAAGUGAAGUCAAGAUGGCGAGUGGGUGCGAGUGAGAAUGAGUGGCAUAUGUAAUGAAUACUUCACUCCGAAUGCUUAUAUAGGUUGUGCAGAAAGGGCUACAGGUCAAAGAUCUUCAGUGCCUGAGAUGGAACAUUGAUCUACUAGAGCAAAUGAGGAAAUGCAGUACUAUCAUCACCAAGCCUUGUAAGCAUAAAAGAAACCUGUGGGUAGGAUGCCCACAUAAGUCAAAGGAGAAAAAGCCCAGGCCUUGCUAAGAAGCUCCGUAUGAAUGGACAGCAUUGAAUGAAUGUCUGGACACCGCGCUGUGGGGCCAGGCUCAUUUUUCGAACGUGAGGUUGUUCCCUCAUGAAGCAGACUCCCAGUCCAGGAGUGGCGUGUGUACGAGAGUAUGGGUGUGGUGCUGUAUGUGAACGCAUGCAAGCUUGAAUCGCCUACAGGGGGUUGAUACUAAACCUAGAAAAUCACAAUAAAUUCAUAAGUGUUACCUUACACUGGACAUGAAAACAGACCGGUUUAGCAGCAGAUUUUGGUUUAGUCCUGCAGCCUGUGUGCUUUCUUUUACUUUCUUUUUGGUUUUGGUAUUUUUUUUUUUAUUUCAUUUUUUAUUGCAAUUUUCUUUUUCCUUUUAAUUUCUAACCCUGCUUGUGUAACUUUUUCUUUUAAGUUGCUUGUAAGAAUAAGGAAGUUAAAGAAGGUAUCCCUGUGCAUUUGCACCAGAUGAAUGUUUGAUGUUAUGCAAACUGUUCCAUAUCAUCAAAGCUGAUUUGUAUUUAAAAAGAGAAAUUCUGCAUGAAAAAUCAGGAUUAUCCCUAAACAUAUGGACUAUUUUUUUUUUUUUUCCCCUUUCCCAGAGAUGCCAUAAAGGGUGAAAAGGUUUCAGAAAGUGGUUUAAAAAAAAAAAAAAGAAUAAAUCUAAGUCUAACCUUUUCAUUUUCAAAGAUAACAUGACUAUAUCUGCAUGUUGUAAUUGCCAGCAUAGGUUAAUUUUUAGAUGCAUUUUGUUCGGUCCUGUACAAUGUUUCAUUUGUGGUAGAAACUGUGCUGUGUUUCAAUCCUAUUUGUUUUCAAACAUUGUUUUCUAUGAAAAUGAUAUGGAAACUUUUGAAAUUUAAAUUUGGUGCAUAUGUACUGCUAAGCUCAGAUCAAUAGAAGGUGUAACUAGAUGUACAAUUCAUGGAUUCAGCAUUUUAUUAACCAUUUGGUUGCCAGAAGGCUGAGCAGUCUAUUGCUUUGCUUUUGCAUUGCAGCAUUGUCUGCUGGCACACAGUGGGUUAACAUGUAUAGGCAGUUCCAUUGUUUUAGAAUCCUUUUCAGCUUAGAUGUAGGCAGCCAUGAACAAUCUCUAUUUUGAGCCACUUUAGGGAGAUAACAAUUUUUUUUUUUUUCUCGUUUCUUUUUAUAAACCUUGCAUUUAUUGCAUGCAAGGGCUUUUUUUAAAUUAGAAGACUGCCUCUAUCUGAGGUAACGCACACUAAAUUAAAAGUAACAUUGCUUAAUUUGUAUAAAUAAGAACUCUUUUAUAAGGUGGCUCAUUGUAGGAAAUGCUGUGCCUUCCCUUUGAGCACAAGUGUUGCAUGAACGACAGUUUGCUAUUCUAAAGACAUAUGGCAUAUGCCACCAUUAGCUUCAAUAUCUACUUUUUUUUGUGUUUUAAAGUUAACUGGUGAUUCUGAAACACUGUAGAAUGGAUAAAGAUUAUUUUGUGAUCCUAUUUCUUUGUUGAAUUAGAGUAUUUUUGCAGCAUUCCUUGUCAUCUGAAACAUGAUAAAAGUUUUAAACUAGAAACGACAUAUAACUAGCUUGUAAGCUUAUUAAUGUAGAAUGCAAGCUAGGCUGUUGUGGGGAAAUAAAGCGUAAACUUUAAGACAA